UGUAAAAUCCUCACGUGCACCACUCCGUUUCCUAUCCCUCUAACUCUUCAAUCUAUGCUGGAACAAAGACCUGCCAUGGCUACUGGUGGACACGAUAGAGAAGAGGCAUUGCCACUAGAUGCUAAUGAAACCUUCCCGUCCGCUGAUUCCUCAAAUUUGUCAAUGGAAACACUAAAGAGAGAAACUAAAGUCACUGACGAACAGCUUGAUACAAGUGUAGAAGAAGUAGACCUCCCAAAAUUAUCCUCAUAUUUUGACAACACGGAUGACUAUGUUGAAAUGCUGGGGCUCUCACCGGGACAGCAAACUGAUGUAAUUGAAGAGAAGGCUAGAACAGCCAUGAAUCGUACACAGGCUGGAAUAAAGUUGGCUCUGAAAUACUGGCUGAACAGAGUUCUUGCAGAGGGCACCUUCAGAGCUCUUCUACUUAUCUUACUCUCCCUGGACAAAGGAGAUGUUGCUAUCAAUGUGGCACAGUACUUGUCAGCCAAAGAUUCUUCUACCACACAUUCUGAGCUGGCUGUGUUGAAGAUCAAUACUGAAGAACCCAUGAGUAUUCCUGCUACAGGUAAUGAUCGAAUUAUCGCCGACCUAAUUGCAGAAAUCGACAUCCUGGAAACAAAUUUCCAAGAGCUGACUAAAGAAGCCCUCAAAAGACUCAAGCAAUCUGGUGUUAGUGUAGACGAUUUCUAUGCCAAUAUAUCAAGUAUGAAACUAUCGUUGAAAUAUCUGGCUGGAAAAUACGUUCAGGAAUGCUUUAAGAAAAUGGAAACACUCGCAAAGGUUUGGGGCAAACUAAAUCAUUUCUGGGAUUUCUUCAACUAUGAGCUCUUCCAACAUGUGGUUCGAGUCAUGUUCACUGAAGCAGACGAUCCUUUGCUGAGCAAACUAGCCGAUUAUGAGAAUGAGAUGGAUGGAUUCUUGUCUUCAACAAAACUUUGUGACUACUUUAAAGUGUGGCCGUGUACCAUUGACAAUCCCCAAGCAAAGGAAGUUGGAGAACUUAAGAAAGUUGUAGUCAGAGUAAAUAAAAGCUGGGACAAUUGCACGCUGCGUGACAUUAAAAACAUCUCCAGCACUUUUGCACAAGGAUUUUUCUUGCCACGUGAAUUAUUGCUAGUAGCUGGUGUUGGUAAGAGCAGUGUGUCCAUCCUCUGGUCCGUUCCUCCUUCUCUGGCCAGCUCAAUAGAGGAACAGGUAAAACAAGGAAAAAAUGACUUUUUAGCAGACAAUGGCUUUCUAUCCAUCACCAUUGAUGGUGUCCAGAUCUACCUCCUCACUCCAGUGAGGCAGGCCUCUCUGCAACUGAUGAGAAUGUACACAUCCAGACAUUCAACCAAUAACCUGCUGCAACCUUACAAAUUAGCUCUAAUCACAAGAGAAGAAUUCAAUUUUCUUGAACUGGACGAAUACAUGAAGCGAACACUGCGAGGAGACAAAGAUGAUGUCCACUACAAGAAAUCUCCCACUACUCUCAGCACUCUUGGAUAUCUUCCCGAUGGCUCCCCUGCUCGACUGGUCCUAGUGGAGGGAGCUCCUGGUGUUGGCAAAACAACAUUCAGUCUCGAGGCUUGUAUCAAGUGGGCCAACAAAAAGCUGCUUAAAGACACUGCGAUACUCUUCCUAUUGCCACUGAGAGACUUCAACAUUCAGAACAUAAACAAUAUCCAUGAAUUAGUAGCCCUUAUCAAUUCUGGAGACAAAUCACUAGUAGAAGAGCUUGAGGCCAACAAAGGUGAAGGUACGGCCUUCUGGUUGGAUGGCUGGGAUGAGAUUGCAUCUAUCCUUGAUGACCAAUCAAGCUUCUUCGAGAAACUUGUGUCUGGAGAAAUCCUACCCAAAGCUAGAGUGAUUGUGACAAGUCGACCCUGGGCCACUGACUACAUCAAGAAACGACAACCAUCACAACACAUUGAGAUUGUAGCGUCUGUCCAAGACCAGAUCGAUUGGCUGAUAGAGCUGAAGAAAAAAUCUCUGCCAAAGACUUCUACCCUCCUAGAGCAGUUCUUGAAAUAUUUGAAUGAUAUCCCUGCUAUCAAAGGCCACAUGCACACCCCCUUAGCUACCAGUAUCACCUUGUUGGUCUACCAGUGGUUCCAAGAGUCAAGCUCUGCCUUACCAACAACAGUGACCCAGCUGUACACUGCCUACACUUGCUUCUGUAUCCAUGGGUACCUGGCCCAGCACCCUCACUUUGGUCCCAAACUAUGGAAUAGCAACAAGUUUAGCGUUCUUUCUGAGCCUUUAAAAUCAUUCUUUUAUAGCCUUUCUGGAGUUGGUUUGCAUGGUCUACUUGAUCAGCUACCGCGACUGGUGUUUCCUGAUCUUCCCGAUAAUCUCAGAAUGGAGACUCUGGGGCUGAUGCAGACAGUGGACCCUCUAUACACCAGUAGUGAGAAGUCUGCUGUAGUUAGCUAUCACUUCAACCACCUGACACUCCAAGAGUAUCUAGCUGCGUUUUCACUCUCACAGAUGAGCGAUGAAGAAAGAAGUGCGAUUGUUGAGAGGUGUGUAAAUGAUGGCCACUUCACCGAGGUCCUGAGGUUUCUCAGUGGACUGACCAAAUCCUCUCCCAUCCUCAGAGAUUAUAUGAGAAGAAUGAUCGAUUCAGGGGAAGACAAAUACAUGUUGAACGUAUUUCACUGGCUGUUUGAGGGAGGUGACAAAGCUUUCGUUGCUGACAUCCUUAGAGAGAGGGAAAUGACUGUUCGCUCAUACUACUUCUGGUCUGCUCUUGACUGUUUUAUGACUGGCUACUGCAUUGCUCGAUCCAACUGUGUAUGGGAUAUUAAUUUCACUUUCUCCCACAUGGGAGAUGAGAAGAUGACUCAGUUUUUUCAAGCACUGUGCAGUGUCGACGGAGAGCAAGGAAAUGCUUCCAUCAAAUCAAUACGCUUUGGCGCUAAUGAUCUCACCUCACUCAGCCUCCGAUACAUGCAAGACAUCCCUGCUACCUUCUUACGCCACCUGAAGAGACUUGAUGUAUCCAACAACAAUCUUGACAGUACUGCUGUGGAUCACAUUGCCAAGACCAUCCCUCACAUGCCUCAACUGGAAGAGCUUGAUCUGAGCGGCAAUGAUACCAUCCAAAGAGGAGUUGCUGCAUUACUUUUAUCAGCCCUCUGUAACCACAAAGCUUUGAAGGUGUUGAAUUUGUCUGAGACUGAUAUCGCUGAAAAUGAUUGUGAACAAUUAGCUCGACUCUUGUGUUCUAGUAAGUGUCUUGAAUCGUUGGAUGUCAUUAAUAACUCUCUCUCUUCUGACAGUGUCUGCAUUCUGUUCAAAGGACUACAACAAAACAGCUCUCUGAAAAAACUGGACAUGACAGGGGCUAGUAUUUCCUUGGAGGCCAUGAAGACUCUUAGUGCUUACCUUGGAGACAAUGACAAGUGUAAGUUGGAGUCACUGGAUCUGAUGGGCUGUGCCAUUUCUUCAGAAUCAGCGAUUGAGCUAGCACACGGACUCAGUCGAAACUGUUCAGUGAAGGAACUGAAUUUGCUUAAGAAUCCUAUUGGAGACAGUGGAGUGACUGCCCUCGGUAGAACACUAGAAACAAACAAAAUAAUCACUGAACUCAGGUUAUACAGCUGUUCCAUCACUACCAUUGGAGGAGCAGCACUGGCAUCAUCUCUGAUGGCCAACUCAACAAUAGAGGAGCUGUACAUUAGCCGCAAUUCAUUAGGAGGUGAAGCCAUUCAAAAAUUUGCAGAGCUAAUACAACACAACAAAACACUCAAGAAACUAGAUAUUAGCGAUGUUGACUCAUUAACUCAAUCCGAUAUUGAUACCCUUCUCUACAGUUUAACAAACAAUCAAACACUGGAAAAGCUGACACUGCCAGAAAAGUUUAGAGUCGAGGACACUGACAACAGAGUAGGGUGGUUUUAAGUUUUUUGUGUUUCGUAUGGCAUUCACAAUAAUAAUAAUCUUAUAUACGUCAA